ACGUGCGCAUAUACGCGUACAUGGGCACAUCCCAACGUAAAAAAAAGUGCAUGUAAUACGCGGCGCGCGUUGUAUCAUGCGCGUCGGCCGCCUGGUGAACUUUUUUUCCCCCCCAAUUGUUUGCCCCACUUGUAAUGUUUUUUCCCCCCUUUCACGUUAUCACAUGGGUGAAGGAGGCGUGUAUAUAAUUAUCCCACGCAUGCAUCGCUAUAUAUGUUCAUUCCCCAUGCCAGGGAAGAACGGGAGAUGGGCGAAAAAAUUCACAUGAACAGUUGAGGAGCGAACAGAGCUUGGCUGGCGCGGCAACAACGAACAGUGCGAAAUUGCGGAAGAGAGCACUGAAGAUUUUUACAACUGUUAAGAGGGCGACAUAGCGAAGGGGAGAGUUGCAAAAAGGGGGCGAAGAAGGCAACCCCACGUGGGGGAAAAACGCACGAACGGUUAUUUGCACAUAUGUAUACGCGUUUGCUUAUAUGAAUACGCAUUUGCUUAUAUACACACGCGCAUACCAACGUAGAUGCUCCCCCACGCAGACGCAGCGGGACGAGCGAGCAACAUGAAUUAGCCAACGGAGGGGGGACACACCAAAAUGAGCGGCGGCGAUGUAAACAAACUGAUCAGCCAAGAUAUGCAGUGCGAAGAUACCUACAAGGAAGACAAAAUAAAAAUUGCCAACAGGCUGAUUAAAAAUUUCUCCCUCCUGAAAGAAUUAAAUUUGUUAAGCACCAUCAAGAGUGAACACAAAGGAGGGAAAGUUACAAAUGGCUACACACAGGACAUAUCGUAUGAUGGUGAAAAUAUAAUUUAUGCAAAAAAAUACCUCCUCAAUUUUUUGCAGUUAAAAGAGGAAGAAAAGAGAAAAACAAAAUGCAACGCAAAAUCGUCCCAGCAAAAUUUUUUGAGUGAAAAUCACAUAACCCUUAUUAAUGACACAUUGCACGAAAAUGAUUUGUCCCUUUCUACAUACACAGAAAAAAUUAUAAAGUGCGAUGAGCAUAACAAUUUUAACAUUUUUAACAGCGAAGUGAUGGUGAAGCAUGUCCACGUGCCAACAUAUGAUGUGGUGAAUCUCUCUACCCACUCGGAAAAAACGGCGCAAAUGCUAACUGGGUUAAUUAAGAGCUACAAUGACUCUUUAAGUUUAAUUAAGCUGCAACAAAGUGUGAUUAACGACUUUGUCUUUUACACACACAGUUUGAUGAGGAGCAAGCAGAGGCUCACUAGGAAGAAUGAACGUUUGGUCAAGGCCCACCCGGGUAAGAACCACUCGGUUGAGGCCCACGCGGUUAAGGACCACCCGGUUAAGGAUCCCCCGGCGGAUCUAACAGUGCCGCCCUGCAGACAAGGAAGCCUCCCCUCCAUUUACAAAGCGCAAAUUGACCUAUACAGAAGGCACAUCAACCACCUGUAUGAGGAAAAUGACCACUUGAAAGAGCACCUGAAACAAGCGCAAGGUGGGCCCAACGACUAACCACUAACAGGAAAAAAGGGGCAAACAAAAUCGCACAACAGGAGAUGCGAGCAUGUUAGGAAGAAGCCAUUUCAGUUUUGCUUGUCUUACUUGCCCCCUUCUUUUGAUGUUCUUUUUUUUUCGCAAACCUUUGCCCUUUUUAAACGGCUAAUUUGGCCUAAGCACCAUUUAAG